AUGUCUAGAUUCAGCGCUCCCAGAACAGUCAUCUGUGGAAACUGUAUGCCCACUUCACCAGCCGCAGACACCGAAGACUCUGAUUCUGACUACGACUCCGAAUACUCUGCCUUUGGAUUCUCUGAUUUCGGAUACUCUGGUCCUUAUCAAUCCGAUGACGACUAUUGCGGGCCCAACAACUCCGAGUUUAAAGAUGCAUACUCCGCAGACUCUGAUGAAGAUGAGGAAGCAAGUAAGACGGAAGUCGUGACAACCCCCUGGCAGACACAACUUCUCAACCAUCCCCCUGAAACAGGCCUCAAUACACUAGUUCUCCACAAUGGAAAACUCUAUACAGUGAAAUGGGCAGGAAACUGGAAGAAAUUGGGCACCGCAUACUGGCCCAGAGGUUUGCGAGAUUUUGACGGUGCAUCAACAGCUCACUAUGUCAGUACCGAAAUCUCCAUUUCAGACACACUGAGGAAAAUUUUGACGACCACGACGAUGAUUGCAAAAGACACAGAAGCCAUGGUUCGCUGUUGCCAUAUUGGUAAUGUGCCGGUGAUCAAGAUUGCGAAUCCGAUGAGAAAGGAUGCUAGAAGGCAUAUUACGUUCCAGGUUGAUGUGUUGAAGGCUUUGGAUGCUGAGGGGAAAGCUGCGGUAACAGAGAUACCAAAGUUUGAUGUUACGAAACUGUUGGUUGAUGAAGAGGGAGUUUAUGGGUACAGAAGAGAAUUGGGGUUUGUGAGACAGAUGUGUGAACUUGGGAAAUUGGCUCAAGCUGAUCUUGCCAGCUGA